CAGGCGGAAGUAGUGCCGGCAAGGUGGCUCCGCAGUGCCGGCGCAGAGCGAUACGGGGAAACCGGGUUGUGGCUCCUGCGUCUUGGGGCCCCAGCCGAGAUGCCGCGCUUCGCCUUGACCGUCAUCCGCCAUGGUGAAACAAGACUUAAUAAGGAGAAAAUCAUUCAAGGGCAAGGAGUAGAUGAACCCCUUUCUGAGACUGGGUUUAAGCAAGCAGCUGCUGCUGGCCGGUUUCUGAACAACGUGCAGUUUACACACGCUUUCUCCAGUGACCUCACGAGGACUAAGCAGACCAUAUGUGGCAUUUUGGAGAAAAGCAAAUUUUGCAAAGACAUGGCGGUGAAGUAUGACUCCAGACUUCGGGAAAGGAAGUAUGGGGUCGUAGAAGGCAAGCCACUGAGCGAGAUGAGAGCCAUGGCCAAAGCCGCUGGGGAAGAGUGUCCCAUGUUUGCUCCGCCCGGAGGAGAGACACUGGAGCAGGUGAAAAUACGUGCAAAGGAUUUCUUCAAUUUCCUUUGCCAGUACAUCUUGGACGGGACAGGUCAGAGAGAAAACUUCUUCCCCAGAGCUCCAGGCAGCUGUCUGGAGAGCAGUUUGGCGGAGGUGUUCCCUGUAGGAAAACGGGACAGUUUAGAGUUGCAUCCUGAUGGUGGCGCCCCGGGCUUAGCAGCCAACAUCUUAGUUGUGAGCCAUGGAGCUUACAUGAGAAGCCUCUUUGGUUACCUCAUCAGUGACCUCAAAUGCUCAUUGCCAGCAACACUAGGCAAAGUUGAACUCUCGUCGGUCACUCCCAACACUGGGAUGAGUGUCUUUCUCAUAGACUGCGAGAAAGGACGUGAACCAGCAAUUCAGUGUAUCUGCAUGAACCUCCAGGAGCAUCUGAACGGAAAAUGCUAAGUUUAAAGCCCUUACACUGGGAAGCCUCUGAAGGGAGUGCCUUGGCCUGUUGCCUCUGCUCCUGCUGUUUUAGAAGCAGUUAAGAAUUUGUGUGAUGAAACCCCACUGGGGUCCUGGCUGUAUCAGGUGAUCGAGGAAACCCACCCAAAGUCAACCUGUUUUUUCUGAGUACAUUUGCCAUUUUCUGCAGUAACUUCGCCACUCUGUUCCACAUGUUUCUUGUUAACAAGUGAGGACAUUCAGCACUGCACAGUCGGGGACUACAAUCCCUCUUUCUACAUCCUUCAUUUCACUGACCCUUUUGAUGUCUGGAUGAUGGUAUUGCCUUUUCAAGAUAAUUGGAUGUUUUUUCACUAGCUUAUCAAAUGCUUGCAAGAGAGAAUGGUUUGUGUAAUUCACUGCGUAGUUGCAGUGAUUGUGUUACCGUCCAAAGCCCUUUAAACUGCAACUUCUUACUGUCUUCAGUAUGUGUAACGUAAAAUGAGAAAACACUAAAGCAUCUUUCAUAGAAAUCA